GUCUCACACAUACACACACACUGAGAACUGGAGCUGCCGCAAAGCCCCGUCCUCCAGGGCUUUUUAAACACCGUGUUUGCUUCACGCUCCAACAAUAUCAUCCAAUUGAAGAGCCGCAGCGCUAAAUGCACUGAACCGACGGUCACCGUGGGAACAGCGCGGACGAGCACAAACCGUCAUGGUUUAAGAGAAAGACAACGACGGCAUCGUCAAGUGUAAAAAAAAAAGAAAGAAAAGAUACUGGGUUGCGGGUCAACGAGUUUAACCCUUAAUCUUCCGUAGCAUUGUUGCUGACUGGUAAGGUAGUCCAAACGGGAAGGCGUCUCGGUGAAAUGUGAGCGGACUGGGUCCGUGACCGUUAUUCCAUUAUUUUCAAUGUGGUUGGGACCGCAGCCGACUCGCUCGUUGCAGCUAGCUCGGUACGGCCGCGUUGAUGCAGCAGCGCACGGCUGUGGGGUUCAAAUCCACCACCGGAUCUGGGAAGACAAUAGGUGAAAUAUACGCCGGCCUGGACUCCCAAGACUACAGUAAACGAGAGUCUGCAUCCGCUUGGGCUUCACUAGUGUCUGUGUGAGGAAUCGGGGUUAUUGAGUGAAGUGACAGCCGGCAGGUCAUUGCAUCAGUAUGGCGGCUGUAGUGAACUACUCCCCACCUUGGUGGGUGAAUCUACUGCACCGAUUGCCUCAUUUCAAUAUCGAAUUCCAGCUGGUGAGCAGUGACUUCAGACCUGAGGACUCUGAGUACCAGAAGUCUAUUUUGUUGCUUGGUGCUGUGGCGUUGUUAUGUUUGGGCCUGGACCUCCUCUUUCUCCUCUUCUACUCGUUCUGGCUUUGCUGCCGGCGACGCAAGAGUGAUGACUCCUCACACUCCCAUACACACUCUCAGCAGCCUAGCGCCGACUGCUGCUGCACGGCCUGGUGCGUCAUCAUCGCCACACUCGUCUGCAGCGCUGGCAUCGCUGUAGGAUUCUACGGAAAUGGAGAGUCGAGUGAUGGAGCCAGUCGUUUGGCGUACUCCCUCCGUCAUGCCAACCGCACCGUAUCUGGGGUGGAGAAACUGGUGUCUGACAGCGCCCUAGCCUUAAACCAGACAGUGGAGGAGAGCCUGGUCCAGUUGGAGACAGCCUUCCAGGAGCAGACAGACUACGUGUCCAUCGUCCAAAAGCUGCAGGGCCAGCUGGACGAGCUGGUGAGGCUGAUGGUGGAUGUCCCCUUCUGGUCCAAUACUGAUAUUUCCUUGGAGGAUCUGGCCCGCAAGACGGAGGCCUUUGACUUUUACAGGUGGUUGGGGUACCUGGGCCUGCUGCUGUUUGAUGUACUCAUCUGUCUUCUGGUGCUCUUCGGCCUGAUACGCAACUCUAGAGGCACUCUGAUUGGAGUGUGUCUGCUGGGGGUUCUGACUCUGAUAAUCAGCUGGGGGUCUCUCGGCCUGGAGCUGGCUGUUGCUGCUUCAGCCAGCGACUUCUGCGUUUCCCCGGAUACCUACAUCACCAGGGUAACCAAGGAAAACGCUGUCAUUAACCAAGAUAUCCUGCAGUAUUACCUGAGGUGCAGCUCUGGCCAAAUUAACCCCUUCCAGCAGAGGCUGUCAGGGAGUCACAAAGCAUUGGUGGAGAUGCAGGAUGAUGUGGCAGAGCUACUGAGAUCAGCAACACGUGAUUAUGCCAACACCAAGGGGAGUCUCGAGCAAAUCCAGUCUGUGCUGAAUUCCACGGAGGUUGGUCUUCACCAGCUGACUGCUCUGGUGGACUGUCGCAGCCUACACAUGGACUAUGUUCAGGCAUUAACAGGCCUGUGUUAUGACGGAGUCGAGGGUCUCAUCUACCUGGUUCUCUUCUCCUUUGUCACUGCUCUGAUGUUCUCUUCCAUUGUGUGCAGUGUGCCACAUACCUGGCCUGGCAAGAGGACGGAUGAGGAAGACGGAGAGGACGAGUCGGGCGCCUCACGGGGCGGUGUGCACGAUAACCUGUACCGCGUUCACAUGCCCAGUCUCUACAGUUGUGGCUCCAGCUACGGUAGCGAAGCUAGCCUGCCCGCUACAGCCCACACUGUCAGCAAUGCCCCCGUCACUGAAUACAUGAGCCAGAACGCAAACUUUCAGAACCCUCGGUGUGAGAACACCCCCCUGAUUGGCAGGGAGUCCCCUCCACCCUCUUACACCUCCAGUAUGAGAGCAAAGUACCUGGCCACCAACCGACCAGACCAGAACCGACGCUCCGUUCCCAACGACCAACUGGACCCGGCUAGCCGGCCUCACCCCGCUGCCCGACCACAAUCCUCAGUCCACUAAGAUACCAGAGCCGCAUCAGUCCACCCCUGUACUGCCUCAAUCCAGUUCUCACAGCCAACAGCACCACCCGACACAGCGCUCACCAGAGCUCAAGCAGAGCCGAGCGCUUUAAGCACCAACAGGACCCCAGUUUGUCAAGGUCCACUGAAAUUCACUAUCACCGGUUCACCAGAAACAACACAGCAGGCCAGAACUCAUCAACCAAGCACCUCAGUAAAGGACUGCACUUUGAAGGUCAACCUCUACUCCUCACCUAAAAUUAUCCAAAAGACAGUCAAAGCCCAUCCUAAAAGAUCACUACUUCUACUACCACAUCCCGAGCUGCUCAUUUCACCACUGCUGUGAUGGACCAGCCCACAUACCCACAAUGCACAGCAACUAAAGCCUGGGCUCCGGCUCCGCAGGUUCUUCUUCUUCUUCUACUUCUCCAAAUAUCUCCUCCUCCUCCACUGGGAUCUGUACACUGCCCUCCAGUGGAGGCAGCCACGCCACUCUCACCACUCAACCCCCCCGACACGUCUACAUUCAGAUCGCACACUCGCACAGAGACAAGCACAGACAUGCACAAACACACACACACACACACACACACAAACACAAACACACACACACACACACACACACUGUACAGAGCUGUAAAUAGUGAACAUGUGCUUUAUUCUGAUUUCAUGAAAAGUCGACUGUUGAAUCAUUACUGGUAAUGUGGUGUGAUGUGUGUUUAUCAUGGAAAUUUUUGCUGUAUCUCUCAUACACACACACACACACACACACACACACAAACAAACAAACAGGCGGAUAGUCUAACUGAACACUCAUCUGUAUAAAUGAUAAGCCAGUGAAUCGGAAAGCCAUGUUUAGAUAGAAACUCUAGCAGCACAUCCACAUUCUCUCUUUAGCUUAACAUUGUCGUCUAACUAAGACUUGAAUCGUGAACUCGAAAAGUGGUGUCCACGUCUCUCUCCGUACUUGUUUACGUGCACAUACAGUAUGCGCGUCAGUUAAUGCAUUUUCGAGUAUGAGCCAGGAAUCCGGUUGUGGAGUAACUGCUUUGAAGCCUUUGGGGACUGGAGCGAGAGACAAGGGACAUAAGAAGGCUCAACCUGUGCCAAAAAACUAUACUGUAACAAUGAGGGAUGCCUGAUUCUGUCUUCUUCUCCUACUGCCUCCAGAUGUCUCAAAAAGGGGGAAAACACCUUAUCUGGAAUGUUUUCCCUGCGGCUGUAAAUAAAAAGGGAACAGGAAAGACAAUGAAAAGACAGAUAAAUUGUGACUACACAUUUGCCAGGUGCUACAUAAGCCAGUGAAGGCCCCCAGAAGACGAUCAGCGCUGAGGAGGGACGGAACAUGUUUUGUUACUAUGAUGUUUUGUUUUCAUUCAGGGAUGUGAUCAGGAAUAUAAAAAGCAGUAAAAAAAAAAAAAAAAAGAACGGCGUUCCAUUAUUACUGAAUGGAAGUUGUGUCGCAGAACCUGAAAAAAAUCACGUCCCUGAUAAAUAAUGUUACAUAAGUGUUUCAGAAUAAAGGACAGUGGGUGUUUUUUUUAUGUUUUAUUAUAAGCUGACAUUCGGGAUGUAAUACUGUGACCAACUGUAGUAUUCUGUUUCUUCUUCUUUACUGUUGUUUCUUUCUUCCUGUGCUUUUAUUUUGUUAACUGGUGACAUUGGAUCGACUUUCAUUCACCAGUCCUGAGUCUUUUUUUUUUUUUUUUUUCCUUUCUUACCCACAAGCACAAAUUCUCUUCAAGGUGACUUUGCGAGAUGGAGAAGUAAAACACACUGCCUGGAAGACUGCCAGUGGUUUUUCCUCUCGCUCUAAAACUCUGUGUACAGUGUAUAAAAACUGUAGUCGUGAACCUGUGUGUGUGACAUCACUGCAGUGUGAUUGGCUAUCGCUCUAUCUCAGUGUUACUGUGUGUAAGUACGGUGAUCAGUGUGUCUGACUGGCUGCAAGCUAGGGCCAGCCUAUCUAGCAUUUCUACACAAACACUGCACAUGCCUUCAUACACACACACACACACACACGUAUUAACACAGACACACACACAUACACACGCUGUACAGACACAUACACGCUCAAUACACACUGCAGUAUCAUAUAAAAUCCAUCUACUUUCCCUACUUUUGUCCUGUUUACAUUCACAUCUAGAGCUGUAGUAGCUGCACGCCCUCCCACAGCUGUGACAUCACACUGAUAACCAUUUGCAUUAUGGGUGAUGUAGUAAGUAGUAGCUGCAUUUCAGAGAAGCCUGGAAUCUCGUAGUUAGUUGAGUGAGCAGAGCCCUAACAUUCAAACACCUUUCAACCACCAUCCCUGUACAGCAUUUUAAUAUUUUAUUAUUAAUCAAUGACCACUUCUCGUAUUAGCGAGACAAUCUUACAUGUGUGAUUUUACUAGAAAGAAAAUGUCCAUGUUAUGGUAACAAUGCUACCUAUGGUCUAGUACUUUACAGUGUUUUUUUUGCACCAUUGAUGCAAACAACGUUAAGAUCUGUGGGACUAGUCACUGAUUAAUGGCCUUUCAUAAUGUUUUUAAACUCUUACAACACUCUUCAUAUCACAACAUGUUUUUUUUAUUUUUCUCUGUCUUGUAAAAAUCAAAGUUUAAAGAUAAAACAAUAGCUAGCUGUUUUGUAGGAGAAUAAAGGCAAGAGCAGCGUUUUUCCUCUCUUAUUAAUGGUGAAUGACUCUCUGUCUUGCAAUGUUUUAAUAAAACUAUUCCAGUGUAGUCUGCACACCUGACUGAAAGUUGUAUUUGAAUUCCUGUGCUCUGCUUUGUGGGAUUUACCCGACCUGGUACGGUAUGACCAGAAGGAGAAAAAAAAAAGCCCUGCUCACGUUCAAAAGUCAGCAACGUGUGUGUGUAUGUGUGUUAUUUACAGGACUUCAAAUACACCUCUGUCCAGAUGUGACAGACAAGCAAUGUUUUCUAUGGCUGUUUUUAUUUUCUGAUGGUUUAACUAAGAUAUUAAUGAUGUACAUGUCAAAACUGUGGUAAUGAUAUCAUUCAGCCUGGAAUAAAUGUUUUAAAAAAAAAGAAAUUAAAGCAACUUUAACGUA